UAUUUGUACGUGUUCGGUUUAUCUGAGCUGCUGUUUUAUGAAUACCAGCACCAUGAAUUCCGUGUUUGUAACAGUUGGAUCGACCUGUUUCGAUGAUUUGAUAGCAAGUAUGACUUCAGAUGAAGUCGUAAAGGCAUUAGUAGACCGAGGAUACACAGACGUGGUGCUUCAGGUUGGCCGAGGCUCGUUUGUCCCGGAUCCACAGAGCUGUCCUGGACUGAGGCUCGAAGCUUUCCGUUUUAAAGAGUCCAUAGCAGAAAACAUUCAGUUGGCUGAUCUGAUCAUCAGUCAUGCUGGGGCAGGAAGCUGUUUGGAGGCUCUUGGAGCAGGAAAGCCUCUGCUAGUAGUGGUCAAUGACAAGUUAAUGGACAACCAUCAAGUUGAGCUUGCCAAGCAGCUGCAGGCGGAUUCACAUCUCCUCUACUGCACCUGCAGCACUUUAUCUCAGACUCUCAGGGACAUGGACCUGUCAACUCUGCGGCCAUUUCUGCGUGGUCAGCCUCAGAAGUUUGCCAGCUUUAUGGACAAAGCUGUUGGGCUUGUGUGACUUUCUACAUCUGUCAUCAUAAGCAUCAGAAUGGAGGCAGACUGCAUGCAGAACUAUGCUCUCUCAGGAAAACCUGACUUAAGGAAUCUGCUGUCUUUGGUUCAUUGACUGCUAUAAAUUAACCAAAAAUACUUAGGGAAAUGGCUGCAUGUAGGAUUGUGUCUGUUGCAUCUGCUGCACCUUUGAAAUUUAUCUGGAUAGCCCUGGUAUAUAUAAGUCCAUUCAAUUUUUUGUAGGAUUAAUAAAUUAUUUUUAUAUCA